GCGUCGAUAGCUUGUCUUGCCAGGUCACGUGUCUUCGCGUUUUAGCGUCAAACCUUAGCUCAGCUUGUCAGCUUCCCCGCGCUGUACACCUCAACCGCCUUACAUACCUCGAUACCAACUAUCAGCUUUUCCACAUCAUCUCAAGCAAAAGUGUGACUUGUCAUAAAUCUUUGGAUAAGCCGUGGCUCUAUCGUCAUCGGACAUUAUCAGGCACAACCUCAGGCGUUCCUACACAACAAUGGCUACUGCGGCGUCUUCGAGUUCAUUCCGCUUCCGUGACCUUCCUGGCGAGAUUCGUAAUAAGGUCUAUCGUAUCGUACUAUGCAGUUUCCGUCCCCCACCAACUACGAUAGAGCCCUCGUCUUUCUUCACUCCGGAACUUGCCAAACAUGAUAUCGAGACUAGUACACUGCGUACAUCGAAGGAAACAUAUCUUGAAGCUUACGAUGUCAUGGUUAAGAGUAACCGCUUCGUCAAGAUCACAUCGUCCCGAGGUCAUUCCCUGCGGGGUCCCUUGAAAGGGCGGGCGAUUCGGAUGAUCGCGAUUGACGAAGAAAUUGUCGACAAAUUUAAAGGAUACGUGCUUAGUGUGCACAUUGGUUUCAAAAGCCCGCGGAAAAUCUCUAUCACCCAUGAUCCCGGACAUGACCCUCAUAGUCUAUUUGAACCCGUCAGCGCUAUGAUCCUUCACAGUGACAUGGAGAGUUUCUGCGACGCAUUGAACGAUGUACAAUUACACGAUUCGGGUUUUGUUAAUAAAGUCAGGAUUUCCAUUACUAUGGCUCCAGUUCUAGACUUGGUUCAAGGCAACAAUACAUCGCCGACCUUCGCCAGUUUCUUCACCAAACAGACGCAGGAAACGCUGUUGAAGCCUCUCAUGGCCAAACUGUAUGGAUAUAGAUCAGUCGAGAUUAACGGCCACGUGGACGAUACCUUGGUAAUUGCUGUUCGUCAAAGCCUCGCUGAAGACCGAUAUUCCAACCCUGCAACUGUUCUAGCAGAUUUUGCUGCAGAGAAAGACCGGUAUACACGAAUAUUCAAAGACAACAACAUACAAGAGGCCUGCAUGGGUUGGCAAGACACUGUAUACGAGCUGGAUAAGUUGCAUCAGUCUGACUCUUGGCCAAAUCUGGUUCGACGUGGAGGUGAUGAGUUUGUGUCACAAAUAGUCCCACUAUAUUUUCUCAUGCAGCUCAACAUUGCCCACAUCCAGAUUGGCAACAUGCAGACCUUCGCAUUUGGUUCCGAAAUGUUGGCUGAAGGUGCACUCAUAUCCGCCCUUCGGUCGACGAAAGAAGGCUUCUGGAAAUCCGGCUACAAAUUCAGGCCAUCCGCUCAGCAUCUCGCGAAAUUGCGAUACCGGUACGCACUUUUCAUGAGGUUAGAAGGAAAUCCUCAGAAUGCAGAUCGUGCGUUGAAACACAUCGAUGCCGCACUUCGUCUGCAACCGGGGGAUGCUGCACUCAUGAGAGAACGCGAGACAAUACUCGCAUGGAUACAACAGCUCUAGAAUCAGAUUCAGCAAUCUCUACCUAUGCUUAGGUCUUUUUGUUGCUACUGAAGGACGGUGAUUUCCCUUUGUGUUCCUAGCCCUUGGUUUCACCGCAGAGCUUGGCGAUU